AUGUCGGACGAAAGUAUCCUCUUCAUCCAUGGAGCCUUCACCGAUGGAGAUGAUUGGGACCUCGUUGUGCCGCAUCUAGCUGACUACCAUCUCAUCAUGCCCGAUCUUCCCGGACAUGGCCAGUCUAAAGAAUUUCGACCGUUCUCUGUGAAUGAUGCAGUCGAUCGGUUGGCUCGACUGAUCAUCCUUACAGCACUCGGCGGAAGAGCUCAUGUCGUCGGGCAUAGCCUAGGUGCCAAGAUUGGCAUCGCGCUAGCGUCUGCCCACCCUGACAUCGUCAAGGACGUCAUAGUGUCUGGUUUCGAGGUUUACCCGCCAAAUGCCCUCACACCAUACUUGCCUUAUGUUGUCUGGGCCGACCAGCGUAUCGAGAAUGCUAUACCGCGCCCGCUUAUACGGUGGUUGAUGGACGGCACAGAUGUCAGACGGAGCAAUAUUAGCACCAGCACCUUAGCACUAUGUCGCGAUAUUACAAGCCCAAUGCAGGAGACAGUAUGGCCGCUGCCAUGGUCUGCGCGCACAUUGGUUAUCGCUGCCGGCAAAGGAGGCAUCAUUCCCUCUGCUGACCAUCCUCACGAUGCAAAGAAGCUUGCUAAGAUUGGAAGGGAGAAGAAUGAAGCGACUAUCGCCGUAACGCACCCUCGCAUGAGACAUCCAUGGAAUCGGCAAGAACCUGGAUUAUUUGCGGAGACUGUCAAAGCCUGGAUCGAGCGGCAAGAAUACCCAGAUGGAUUUGUCGAACUCUAG